CCUAACUCGAGGUUCGCAUAUUCAUCAAUUUAUAACCCUGACACACACCAAGCCACUCCACUCUCAAUUUCUACCAAUGCCUUUUGUUGUGGUGGCAUUUUUCUCGCCGACGGAACCCUGCUCACCGUCGGAGGUAAUGCACCAUUACUGUGGUUGGACCCCACUGUGCAAGACGGGUUUGACGCCAUUCGGUACCUCAAAUAUGAUCGUGGAAGCGUUUCUUGGAAAGAGCCUGGGAAUAAGUUAGCUUCCAACCGAUGGUAUGCUUCAGCACAAAUUCUCGCAGAUGGAAGCAUUUUCGUGGCAGCCGGGAGUUUGAAUGGACUGGAUUUGAUGAACCACAGCAACAACAAUCCGACCUACGAGGUUCUAGAUGUCAAUGGAAUCGGCAAUGGUCAAAGUAUUCCCAUGGAAUUGUUGGUGAAGAAUCAGCCUUACUAGAUGUACCCUUUCCUUCAUCUGCUCCCCGAUGGUUCGUUGUUUAUCUUUACCGAUCGAUCCUCGCAGUUGUUCGACGUUACUACCAAUCACACCAUCAAAGUGAUGCCUGACCUUGAUGGGAUGCAUCGAACCUAUCCCAACACAGGGGGUAGCGUGAUGCUCCCUCUCCACAAAGCCAGCAACUACUCGGCAGAGAUCAUGAUCUGCGGUGGAGGCCAUCACCAAGGCCUCGAUAGCCCCUGCGAUGCCAGCUGCGGGAGAAUCACUCCUCUGAGCUCUGACCCACACUGGACCUACUCAACCAUGCCCCAACCUCGAGUUAUGGUGGAGGCUGUCUUGCUACUUGAUGGCACAGUCUUGUGGAUCAAUGGUGCUCAAGUUGGCGCUCAAGGCUUUGGAAUCGCCGACUUGCCAGCUGUCGAGGCAUUGAUAUACCAUCCGAACGCCGAUAAAUGGGAAAUCUCCGGCGAGACCAAGAUUGCACGAUUGUAUCACUCGGUUGCAGUACCCCUCUUGGACGGGACCAUCUUGAUUGCAGGCAGCAAUCCCAAUGAGAUGCCUGUGCUGGAAAAGGACUGCAACCAAACCAGUCAGUAUACCAAAUUCCCUACGGAAUUCCGGACAGAGAUAUGGACGCCGCCUUAUCUGAGAGGGGACAAGAUGAACGUGCGGCCACGAAAUAUCCAACUAUCGGACAAAGUGCUCCACCAAAAGACGGUCUUGCAGGUGGAAUUUGCGUUGGACAAGAUGCCCGAGUCUGUGGAGAUCAUUUUAUAUACAGGAGGCUUCGUGACACAUUCUGUUCACAUGGGCCACGUCAUGGUAUAUCUGGAGGAAAAGGACUGGGCAAGUCAGGGAAAAAACCAAUACCUCGUCACGGCACUGAUGCCAAAUGAUGUCAAACUAGCACCAGGACCUUAUGUCGUCUACCUCGUCGCCGACGGGGUCCCUGGCCACGGUCAAUUUGUUUCCUUGCAAGUUUGAAAGCCGCAACGAGGGGUUGUACUUUAUGGUUCCAAGACUGCCAACUGUCAGCCGUCUACAUAUAGAACUAUAGAUGUCAUGACAAUCGAAUAGACUCCCA